UCAAAUAGCCGUUUGCCAUUGAUGGGUGUCGAGUUUCUGUAAUAAAUUUCGUAUUUACGUUAAAUCCUAGUGAUUUUAUUAUUUUAAGUGCAAUAAAAAUGGUUUAGAUAGAGUUCUGUGUUAAGAACUACAAUACGUAGCCGUGCGCCGAUUCUCGGAAACACAUCCAAAAUGUCCGUUCCUACCACUGGAUUGAGCAAAUUGAAAAAAAAACAUAUUCGCGUGAAACAUCAGAAAGUGAAAUUAUUCCGUGCUAAUGAACCUUUACUCUCUGUUUUUAUGUGGGGUGUUAAUCAUACGAUAAAUGAACUGAGCCAUGUCUCGAUCCCCGUUAUGCUGCUGCCUGAUGAUUUCCGAGCUUACUCGAAGCUCAAAGUGGACAAUCACUUGUUUAACAAAGAGAACAUGCCAUCUCACUUUAAAGUGAAGGAGUACUGUCCGCUCGUCUUCAGGAAUCUGCGCGAGAGGUUCGGAAUUGACGAUCUUGAUUACAAGGAGUCCCUGACCAGGUUUAGAAAGCCAGAUAACUACCUCCGUUCGCGGGCGUCAAAGAAGUUUAUUAAUAAGCUGAGGAGGUCGGCUACAGCACCCUCCGGUGUUGGCGAGUUGAAAAAUACUCAAGAGGGAUUGUUCCAUGACGCUAGCGAGUUCAUGAAACGCGGCUUGACCAUGAAACGUCUGAGGUCGCAGCCGAUACCAGACGAAUCGUCUGGAAAGUCUGGCGCGAAGUUCUACCAGAGCUAUGACAGACUGUUUAUAUUGAAGACCCUCACGUCGGAGGAGGUGGAGAGGAUGCAUUCUUUCUUGAAGCAUUAUCACCCGUACAUAGUGGAGAGGCAUGGCAAGACGUUGCUGCCUCAGUACCUCGGCAUGUACCGCCUGACGGUGGACGGCAUUGAGCACUAUCUAGUGGCUACCAGGAACGUGUUCUCCAACCAUUUGAAUAUACACAAGAAAUACGACCUAAAAGGGUCGACGGUAGACCGCGAGGCAUCCGAAAAGGAGCUAGAGAAAGAACUGCCAACUCUGAAGGACAACGAUUUCAUCAAGCAAGGCGUAAGGAUCGACAUAGGUGAUGCAGCCAAGGAGAAACUACUGGAGACGCUCACUGCUGAUGUUGAGUUCCUAACAAAACUGCACCUCAUGGACUACUCGCUGCUGCUGGGCGUGCACGAGUGCGGGCGCGGCGAGGCGGAGGCGGAGGCGGCGCGGCAGCGGGACGCCGAGCGGGACAGCGACAACGAGUCCGACACCGACUCCGACACCGACACGCGACACGACAGAUGGGGCUACAACACGCCGCCGGACAGCCCGCGCGGGUUCGCGCGCCAGUCGUCGCUCCGCUACGAGGGGAUCAUACCGGAGCUCGACAUAUACGCUAUACCUAGUCAGGAGGGGGCUCCAAAGAAAGAGAUAUAUUUUGUAGCGCUCAUUGAUGUCCUCACACACUAUGGAGUUAAAAAACAGGCGGCAAAAGCGGCGAAAACCGUCAAGUACGGCAGCAACGUGGACGGCAUAUCCACGUGCGACCCGGAGCAGUACGGCAAGCGAUUCAUCGAGUUUGUGGCGAAAGCGAUCGAGGGGAACUAAGUGUUGAAGUGUUAGUGCCGCGGUGUUAGUGCCUCUUUUAGUGUGAAGUGUUCAGUGUUUGUGCUGGGGGCUUGUGUUCUGCGGAGUGUGGGUAGUAUUGGCAGGUUUGGUUUUAUACUUUUGUGUAGUAAGAUUGAGUUAAAUUCCUUUGAAUUGUUAUGAGACAAAUGGACUUACAAUUUUAAAUAAAUGGUCCCGUUCUAUCAAAUAUUCUAAUGGCUGUAAUAAAAUGAGUAAGCAAUAGCCUUUAUCAACUAUGUAUUACUCUUCAGGUUUUUUUUUUAUUUUUCUAUGAUAAAAUUUAAAAAUGUCUGAACAGCAGACUUUUUAUUUUUAAUUCUGGAAAUUUUAUACUAAUAUUCAAUAUACCAAAUUUUCUUCAUAAAUUGAUAGUUGAUACCUUUUUUUUAUAAUGUUCAAAUCCCACUAAAAAUUUUUCAUCACUCCAAGGAACACACAAGUGACACAACUCCCCAGAAACCCUAUAAAGGAGUGUUAUGGUAAAAUUCUGUGGCCAUUAUUGUUGUAUUGUUUUGAUGCAGUCCUUUAAUAUUGUUAUAUAAUUUAUAUUUUUAUUUUUCUAUUAAAUAUUUCUUUAAUAAAUAGCUUAGAUUCAUUUAUAAAGGUGCAUUUAGAUGAAGCCAAGGAACUUUUAGUAUGCAUAUUUUAUUUCUCAGUUUUGCUGAAUACAAUUUGUAUUCCUCUAAGGGCUGAUUUUUCAAUCCUUGGUUAAAACUAAUUCAUCGAAUAACAUAUUAAACUACCAUUUCAAAAAUGUAUUCUAAUUGUCCGUAUUUGGCAAUUUACAGGUGACAUUUUAAAAUGUUCGUGUAAUGCUUUAUUAGACUGAUAUAUUUUAACCAAGGAUUAAAAAAACGGCCCUUAAAUAAAUGUUUAACGUCGUGUUUCUAUUUUCUUAACUUAAUUUGUGUAAAAU